AAGGUGCCGGGGCCGUGUCCUCACAGGGCCAGACCUCCUGAGGGGCAUUCCAGCCUCCUGAGGGAUAUUUCAGCGGAUACACCUGUUUUGGGGGUCCUAGUCUUCUCUGUGGAGAAGGGGGCUUGUGUUUCAUCCUCUGCCUUGUCCGACCCGCCCGGAGACACCGGAGCUGUGAGGUGCCCCACAGGCCUCAGCGGAGGCUCGUGUUUUGUAUUCUACUGGAAAAAGUAAUUAAAAAUCUCCCUAUCUGUGUUAUUUCUGUGUUGGUUAGCAGUACAUAAAAGCUGAGUUGGUGAAUUGCAAAAAUGACAGCCAGGAGUGAGAUGCAGUUGGAGAAGUUAAUUGAUGAAGCUACAAGAAAAAAAAAUUCCCAGUUACUAGAGAAAUUUCUGGCCACAGAAGACUCUGAGAAUGUCUCUUACAAAUGCAGCAAACAGUUUGUCAACAAAUUAGACAAGCUUCUGUGUCGGGAACUUGACAAGCAGGAAGUGAAAAGCGUUUCUACCUUACUAAAUGUUAUCCAGAAAUGUGGGGGGAGAAUCAGCAUAGCAGGAGAGGAUGGGCUCCCAGCAGUGAUGAAAUAUGGGCUUGUUGGAAGGAUGGUCAAUUGGUUUGAAAAGUUAAAAGGAAUUUUGAUCCUCAGAGGAAAUGAAAAGAAUGAAAUGCUUACAAGCCUGGUUGAAGAUUUCUUCAAUGUGCUGCUGGCUGUGUGUGAGAGCAGACCUGAAGGUAAAAUGCAAAUACUGGAAAACUUCGUUCUGAGGACAUGUUCCCUCAUCACUGAUGUGAGAAUCAGUAUUUAUGUUCAGCAGGAGGUAGUAAGAAAACUGAAUUUAAUGCUUGACAACGUACCUCGAGAGGCCAAGAAAAAGUUAUUUUCUACAAAGGAGAUGUUGCUUGUCAUGUAAAUAAUCUUCAGUAUGAUUUUUGUAUCAUCACAUCAGUUGCAGAGCUGGGAGGGCAGUUUUUACUGAGGCUGUUUAUGGUUUGUGCAGAUUGGUCCCUGUUUAAUUUAUUUUGCAUUUGCUAUUGAGCUGUCCAAGGUAGUGGCUGUGGGCA